AUGGGCCCCGUCGCCGCCCCUAGCGGCCCCGUCGCCGCCCCUCUAGGCCCCUCGCGGCCCCUUCGCGGCCCCGUCGCCGCCCCUAGCGGCCCCGUCGUCGCCCCUCUAGGCCCCUCGCGGCCCCUUCGCGGCCCCGUCGCCGCCCCUAGCGGCCCCGUCGCCGCACCUCUAGGCCCCUCACAGCCCCUUCGCGGCCCCGUCGCCGCCCCUCUCGGCCCCGUCGCCGCCCCUCUAGGCCCCUCGCGGCCCCUCUACGGCCUCGUCGCCGCCCCUAUCGGCCCCGACGCCGCCCCUAGCGGCCCCGUCGCCGCCCUUCACGGCCAACUCGCCGCCCCUAGCGGCCCCGUCGCCGCCCUUCGCGGCCCCGUCGCCGCCCCUAGCGGCCCUGUCGCCGCCCUUCGCGACCCCAUCGCUGCCCUCUAG